AUGGACGACCUGCGGGUGCUGUGGAUGCGCGACCGUGUGUACGCGGCCUUCGGGCUCACGGACCCGCAGCUCUUCGAGGAGCUGCUGAGCCGGGGCGACGGCGAGGCGGAGGACCUGGUCCUGCACUUCCUCAACCAGAGGAGCGACGAGGAGGCCGCCGCCACGCUGCUCUUCUGCCGCAAGGUGGUGCCGGAGGAGGAGGAGGUGGAGAUCGAUGACAUACCUGUGCUGUCCGAGGAGGCGAAUGAGGAAGAAGAGACCGGCGCCGAGAAAACAGAGCACGUGGACAAAGCUCCCGCUAAGAACCUGCAGCUGAGAAGCGAAUCCAUCGCCCCGCCUUCUCUGGGCGGAGAGGACGAAGAAGCAGCCAGUUCAGAGAGAGUCUCCCCCAAAAGGCUGGCGAAGCGCAUCGUGGACAGGACCUACCUCCAGGUGUUCUGCAUCCCGGUGCCCGAGGAGUUCCUGGACCAGAACGUGGUGUUUUUCCUCAGAAACACGAAAGAGACUGUCGCCGAGGCCAGUGACAUGAAGGAGGCCAUGGAAAUCAUGCCGGAGACGCUGGAGUAUGGCGUCAUCAGCGGCCAGGUGCUCGGCUUCCUGAGGGAUGUCCUGUGCCAGGUGUUCUUGCCAGCGCUGGCCUUCAAUCAGCACAAAGCCGAGGCGGCCACAGGCCUGGGCGCCGGGGAGACGGCGGGCACUGUGGAGUAUGAGAUGGUGCUGCCGGCUGUGCCCGGCGAGGCCGUGGAGUACCACGGCGUGCAGCUCAUCCGGGAUGAGUUCCUGAUGAACGUGCAGAAGUUCGCCAGCAGCAUACAGAGGACCAUGCAGCAGCUGGAGGGUGAGAUCAAGCUGGAGAUGCCCACCAUCAGUGUGGAGGGGGAGGUGUCUGAGCUCGCUGCCGACCCCGAAACCCUGGAGGCGCUGGAGCAGUGCGUGAUCAACUGGCUGAACCAGAUCUCCACAGCCCUGGAGAGCCAGCUGAAGAAGACGCCGCAGGGUAACGGGCCCCUGGCGGAGAUCGAGUUCUGGCGGGAGAGGAACGCGACGCUGAGCGCGCUGCACGAGCAGACCAAGCUCCCGGUGGUGCGGAAGGUGCUGGAGGUGAUCCGGCACGCCGAGUCCAUGCUGGUGGCCAACCUGCAGCCGGUGCUCACUGAGCUCUUCAAGCUGCACAUGGAGGCCUCGGACAACGUGCGCUUCCUGUCCACCGUGGAGCGCCACUUCAAGAACAUCACGCACGGGGCCGGCUUCCACGUGGUCCUGGACACCAUCCCCUCCAUGAUGAGCGCCCUGCGCAUGGUGUGGAUCAUCUCGCGGCACUACAACAAGGACGAGAGGAUGAUCCCGCUCAUGGAGCGCAUCGCCUGGGAGAUCGCCGAGAGGGUCUGCAGGGUGGUGAACCUGCGUACCCUGUUCAAGGAAAACCGAGCGAGUGCACAGCGCAAGACCCUGGACGCCAAGAACACGCUGAGACUGUGGAAGAAGGCCUACUUCGACACCCGCGCCAAGAUCGAGGCUUCGGGCCGGGAGGCGCGCUGGGAGUUUGACCGGAAGCGGCUGUUCGAGCGGACGGAUUACAUGGCCACCAUCUGCCAGGACCUCUACUACAUUUUGCAGGUCAUGGAGGAAUUCUACAACAUAUUUGGCCCAGAGUUGAAGGCGGUGACUGGGGACCCCAAGCGCAUUGACGACGUCCUGUGCCGGGUGGACGGUCUGGUCACCCCCAUGGAGCACCUGACCUUUGACCCCUUCAGCAUCAAGUCCUCCCAGUACUGGAAAUACGUGAUGGAUGACUUCAAGAUUGAAAUUCUGGUUAUUGAGAAAGAAGCAAAGAACUUCAUUGACGAAUCCUUUAAGACACUCCGCUCAGCCGAGGCAGCGUUUGACAUGCUUCUGAAGUUCAAGCACAUCCGCUCGCGGGAGGCAAUCAAUCGGCAGAUGAUGAUGAAGUUCAACGACAUCCUCGCCCAGUAUUGCAAAGAGAUCGACAUAGUGAAUAAGAUCUUCGUGCAGAACCUGGAGAGCCCUCCGCUGUACAAGAACCACCCGCCGGUUGCGGGCGCCAUUUACUGGGAGCGCUCCCUGUUCUACCGGAUCAAGCACACCAUCCUCAGAUUUCAGGAAGUGGAGGAGAUACUGGACAGUGAGCGGGGACAGGAGGUGAAGCAGAAGUACCUGGAGGUGGGGAAGACGAUGAAGGACUACGAGGACCGGAAGUACCUGCAGUGGAGGGAGAUGACCGAGCAGACGCUGCCCGCGCUCAUGAAGAGGAGCCUGCUCACCAAGUCCUCCACCGCCCCGGACGAGGCCUCGGCGGCCUCCGAGAGGGGCACCGUGUUCAUCAUCAAUUUCGCUCCUGCUCUGAAAGAGAUCAUUCACGAAGCCAAGUACCUGGAGCAGCUGGGGUUCAUCGUCCCCGAGCUGGCAAGGAACGUGGCUCUGCAGGAGGACAAAUUCCUAAGGUACACGCACGGGAUCCAGCAGAUGCUGGACCACUACCACGCGCUCAUCGGCACGCUGAACGAGGCCGAGACCGUGCUGCUGGACGACCACUCCCAGGAGCUGAUCAGGGUGUUCCGGUCCGGGUACAAGCGGCUGAACUGGAACUCGCUGGGAAUCGCCGACUACAUCACCCGGUGCCGCCAGGCCAUCGGGAAGUUCGAGUCCCUCGUGCACCAGAUCCACAAGAACGCGGACGACAUCUCCUCCAGGCUCACACUCAUUGAGUCCAUCAAUCUUUUCAAGUACCCAGUGCCCAAGGGCGAGGAAGACAUCCCAGGUGUGAAGGAGUUCUUCGAGCACAUCGAGCGGGAGCGGGCCAAGGACGUGGAGCACAUGGUGAGGUGGUACCUGGCCAUCGGGCCGCUGCUGACCAAGGUCGAGGGGCUGGUGGUCCACACCAACACAGGCAAGGCCCCCAAGCUGGCCGCCUACUACGAGUACUGGGAGAACAAGAUCUACGAGGUGCUCACAAAGCUUGUGCUCAGGAAUCUGCAGUCCUUCAAUUCUCUGAUCCUUGGGAAUGUCCCCCUGUUCCAAACGGAGACCAUCCUGACCGCCCCCGAGAUCAUCCUGCACCCCAACGCCAACGAGAUCGACAAGAUGUGUGUGCACUGCGUGCGGAGCUGUGUGGAGAUGACCAAGCAUUUUGUGCGCUGGAUGAAUGGCAGCUGCAUUGAGUGCCUCCCGCAGAAGGGGGAGGAGGAGGAAGUGGUCAUCAUAAGCUUCUACAGCGACGUCUCCCAGAACCCGCAGAUAAUCGAGCAGGCGGUCAUGAUCCCCCAGAGCGUGCACAGGCUCCUGAUGAACCUCAUGAAGUACCUGCAGAAGUGGAAGCGGUACCGGCCACUCUGGAAGCUGGACAAGGCCAUCGUGAUGGAGAAGUUUGCGGCCAAGAAGCCGGCCUGCGUGCUGUACGACGAGAAGCUGCAGUUCUACUCCAAGAUCGCCUCCGAGGUCAUGCGCCACCCGCUGACCAAGGACGAGCACUGCGUCAGGCUGCAGCUGGGGCCCCUGGCCAGCACCGUGCAGGAGAACGCCAAGUCCUGGGUCAUCUCCCUCGGCCGGCUCCUCAACGACUCGGCCCGAGAGGAGCUGCACAGCCUGCACGAGGAGAUGGAGCACUUGGCCAAAAACCUGAAGAAGAGCCCCAGCACUCUGGAAGACCUCAAGUUUGUGCUCGCCACAAUUGCCGAAAUCAGAAGCAAGUCCUUGGUCAUGGAGCUGAGAUACAGGGACGUGCAGGAGCGGUACCGGACCAUGGCCAUGUACAACAUCCUGCCGGCCGACGCAGAGCGAGAGCUCGUGGAAAGGCUGGAGAGCACGUGGCUGAACCUGUUCGCCGACUCCGUGAACGUGGAGCACGCGCUUGGGGGCAUAAAGAGAACCUUCACAGAGAUUACUCGCGGCGAAAUCAUGAACUACAGACACCAGAUAGAGCAGUUUGCCAAGAGUUUUUACAGCGAAGGCCCUGGGUCUGUUGGUGAGGACCUUGAUAAAGGAGUGGAACUUCUGGGCAGCUUUGAGAGAGAGCUGGCCAAGCACGAGCGGAGCCGCCAGCAGCUGGCCAACGCCGAGAAGCUGUUCGACCUCCCCAUCACCAUGUACCCGGAGCUGCUCAAGGUGCAGAAGGAGAUGAGCGGCCUGAGGAUGAUUUACGACCUCUACGAGUCCCUGAAGGUGGCCAAGGAGGAGUGGUCGCAGGCGCUCUGGAUCAACCUGAACGUCCAGAUCCUGCAGGAGGGCAUCGACGGCUUCUUCAAGGCGCUCAAGAAGCUGCCGCGCUCGGUGCGCGGCCUGUCCGUGGCCUUCCACCUGGAGGCCAAGAUGAAGGCCUUCAAGGACUCCAUCCCUCUGCUGCUGGACCUGAAGCACGAGGCGCUGCGAGACAGGCACUGGAAGGAACUCAUGGAGAAGACGGGCGUGUUUUUUGAGAUGACGGAGACGUUCACCUUGGAAAACAUGUUCGCCAUGGAGCUCCACAGGCACGCGGACGUCCUGGGGGAGAUCGUCACGGCCGCCAUCAAGGAGGUGGCCAUCGAGAAGGCCGUGAAGGAAAUCCUGGACACAUGGGAAAACAUGAAGUUCACGGUGGUCAAGUACUACAAGGGCACGCAGGAGCGCGGCUACGUGCUGGGGUCGGUGGAUGAGAUCGUGCAGAGCCUGGACGACAACACCGUGAACCUGCAGAGCAUCUCGGGGAGCAGAUUCGUGGGCCCCUUCCUGCAGGCCGUGCACAAGUGGGAGAAGAGCCUCUCGCUCAUCGGGGAGGUCAUUGAGGUCUGGAUGUCGGUUCAGAGGAAGUGGAUGUACCUGGAGAGCAUCUUCAUCGGCGGAGACAUCCGGUCCCAGCUCCCGGACGAGGCCAAGAAGUUCGACAACAUCGACAGGGUGUUUAGAAGGAUCAUGAGCGAGACCCUGAAGGACCCGGUGAUCAAGCGGUGCUGCGAGGCCCCGAACCGCCUGAGCGACCUGCAGCACGUCGCCGAGGGGCUGGAGCGGUGCCAGAAGAGCCUCAACGACUACCUGGACACCAAGAGGAACGCCUUCCCCCGCUUCUUCUUCAUCUCGGACGACGAGCUGCUCAGUAUCCUGGGCAGCAGCGACCCGCUCUGCGUGCAGGAGCACAUGAUCAAGAUGUACGACAACAUAGCCAUGCUGCGGUUCAGCGACGGGGACGGCGGCGAGAAGCUGGUGAGCGCCAUGAUCUCUGCUGAAGGGGAAGUGAUGGAGUUUGGGAAGAUCGUGCGGGCCGAGGGCCGCGUGGAAGACUGGAUGACUGCCGUGCUGACCGAGAUGAGGAGGUCCAACAGGCGCAUCACCAAAGAGGCCAUCUUUCGCUACUGUGCGGACAGAAGCAGGGUGGACUGGAUGCUCCUGUACCAGGGCAUGGUGGUGCUGGUGGCCAGCCAGGUGUGGUGGACCUGGGAGGUGGAGGACGUGUUCCGCAAGGUGCAGGAAGGGGAGAAGCAGGCCAUGAAGAACUACGGCAAGAAGAUGCACCAGCAGAUCGACGAGCUGGUGACCCGCAUCACCAUGCCCCUGAGCAAGAAUGACCGCAAGAAGUACAACACGGUGCUCAUCAUCGACGUGCACGCCCGGGACAUCGUGGACUCGUUCAUACGGAGCAGCAUUAUGGAGGCGCGGGAGUUCGAGUGGGAGAGUCAGCUGCGGUUUUACUGGGACCGCGAGCCGGACGAGCUGAGCAUCCGCCAGUGCACUGGCACCUUCGGCUACGGCUACGAGUACAUGGGCCUGAACGGGCGCCUGGUCAUCACGCCCCUCACUGACCGCAUCUACCUGACGCUCACUCAGGCACUGUCCAUGUAUCUGGGAGGGGCCCCGGCUGGCCCGGCAGGUACCGGCAAAACCGAGACCACCAAGGACCUCGCCAAAGCCCUGGGCUUGCUGUGUGUCGUGACCAACUGCGGCGAGGGCAUGGAUUACAAAGCGGUUGGGAAGAUCUUCUCGGGCCUCGCCCAGUGCGGGGCCUGGGGCUGCUUCGACGAGUUCAACCGGAUCGACGCCUCCGUGCUCUCCGUCAUCUCGUCCCAGAUCCAGACAAUCCGGAACGCUCUGAUCCACCAGCUGACCACCUUCCAGUUCGAGGGGCAGGAGAUCUCCCUGGACUCGCGCAUGGGCAUCUUCAUCACCAUGAACCCCGGCUACGCGGGCCGCACGGAGCUGCCCGAGUCGGUGAAGGCCCUGUUCCGGCCCGUGGUGGUGAUCGUGCCGGACCUGCAGCAGAUCUGCGAGAUCAUGCUGUUCUCCGAGGGCUUCCUCAUGGCCAAGACGCUGGCCAAGAAGAUGACCGUCCUGUACAAGCUGGCGCGGGAGCAGCUGUCCAAGCAGUACCAUUACGACUUUGGACUCCGGGCCCUCAAGUCGGUGCUGGUGAUGGCCGGGGAGCUGAAGAGAGGCUCCUCAGAGCUGAAGGAGGACGUGGUUCUGAUGCGGGCCCUGCGGGACAUGAACCUGCCCAAGUUCGUGUUUGAGGACGUCCCCCUCUUCCUGGGCCUGAUCUCUGAUCUGUUCCCGGGGCUCGACUGCCCCCGGGUCCGCUACCCCGACUUCAACGACGCCGUGGAGCAGGUGCUGGAGGACAGGGGCUACGUCGUCCUGCCCGUGCAGGUGGACAAAGUGGUGCAGCUGUUUGAGACCAUGCUCACCCGCCACACGACGAUGGUGGUGGGGCCCACAGGAGGCGGCAAGUCUGUGGUCGUCAACACGCUGUGCCAGGCGCAGACCAGGCUCGGCAUAAUGACGAAGUUGUACAUCCUGAACCCCAAAGCUGUGAGCGUCAUAGAGCUCUACGGCAUCCUGGACCCCACCACCCGGGACUGGACGGACGGGGUGCUGUCGAACAUCUUCCGGGAGAUCAACAGGCCCACCGACAAGAAGGAGCGCAAGUACAUCUUAUUUGACGGCGACGUGGACGCUCUGUGGGUGGAAAACAUGAACUCUGUGAUGGACGACAACAAGCUGUUGACGCUGGCCAACGGGGAGCGCAUCCGGCUCCAGGCACACUGUGCGCUGCUCUUCGAGGUUGGAGAUUUACAGUACGCCUCCCCCGCAACCGUGUCUCGGUGUGGCAUGGUUUACGUGGACCCUAAGAACCUGAAGUAUCAGCCAUAUUGGAAAAAAUGGGUCAGUCAGCGACAGAACAAGGCGGAGCAAAACGACCUGGACCGGCUCUUCGACAAGUACGUACCCUACCUCAUCAACGUGAUUGUGGAGGGCAUCGUGGACGGGAGGCAGGCCGAGAAGCUGAAGACGAUCGUGCCUCAGACCGACCUCAACAUGGUGACGCAGCUCACCAGGAUCCUGGACGCCCUGCUCGAGGGGGAGGUGGAGGACGCCGACGUGCUGGAGUGCUACUUCCUGGAGGCCCUGUACUGCUCGCUGGGCGCCUCCCUGCUGGAGGAAGGGCGGCUCCACUUCGACGAAUGCAUCAAGCGCAUCGCUUCUCUGCCCACUGCGGACACGGAAGGGGUUUGGGCCCGGCCCGGGGAGCUGCCAGGUCACCUUCCAACCUUGUACGACUUUCAUUUUGACCCCAAAUGGAAUCAGUGGAUCCCGUGGAGUAAACUAGUCCCAGAGUACGUUCACUCCCCGGAGAGGAAGUUCAUUGACAUCCUGGUUCACACGGUGGAUACGACCCGCACCACCUGGAUGCUGGAGCAAAUGGUUAAAGUCAAGCAGCCGGUCAUCCUGGUUGGAGAAUCUGGCACCUCCAAGACGGCCACUACCCAGAACUUCCUCAAAAACCUGAACGAAGAAAACAACAUCGUGUUGAUCGUCAACUUCUCCUCCCGCACCACGUCCAUGGACAUCCAGAGAAACCUGGAAGCCAGCGUGGAGAAGCGAACCAAAGACACCUACGGCCCCCCCAUGGGGAAGCGCCUGCUGGUGUUCAUGGACGACAUGAACAUGCCCAAGGUGGAUGAAUACGGCACCCAGCAGCCCAUCGCCCUGCUCAAGCUGCUGUUGGAGAAAGGCUACCUGUACGACCGGGGCAAGGAGCUGACCUGCAAAACCCUCCGCGACCUGGGCUUCGUGGCUGCCAUGGGCAAGGCGGGAGGCGGCCGCAACGAAGUGGACCCGAGGUUCCUCUCCCUCUUCAGCGUCUUCAAUGUCCCCUUCCCUUCGGAGGAGUCUUUGCAUUUGAUCUACUCCUCUAUCCUGCGAGGCCACACCUCGAACUUCCACGAGAGCAUCGUGGCUGUGAGUGGCGAGCUGACCACCUGCACGCUGGCCCUUUACAAAAACAUUGUUCAGGACCUGCCUCCCACGCCGUCCAAGUUCCACUACAUCUUCAACCUUCGAGACCUCUCUCGGGUCUUCAACGGCCUCGUGCUCACGCACCCGGAGCGGUUCCAGACGGUGGCCCAGAUGGUGCGUGUCUGGAGGAACGAGUGUCUGCGGGUAUUCCACGACCGGCUCAUCAACGAGACGGACAAGAAGCUGGUGCAGGAGCACAUCGGCAGCUUGGUUGUGGAGCACUUCAGCGAGGACGCCGAGGCGGUGAUGAGGGACCCGGUCCUGUUCGGGGACUUCCGGUCGGCUCUGCAGGAGGAGGAGACGCGCGUGUACGAGGACAUCCAGGACUACGAGGCGGCCAAGGCCCUGUUCCAGGAAAUCCUGGAGGAGUACAACGAAAGCAACACCAAGAUGAACCUGGUCCUGUUCGACGACGCCCUGGAGCACCUGACCCGCGUGCACCGCAUCAUACGCAUGGACCGCGGCCACGCCCUGCUGGUGGGGGUCGGGGGCUCCGGGAAGCAGUCCCUGUCCAGGCUGGCCGCCUUCACGGCCGGCUACGAGGUAUUCGAGAUCCUGCUGAGCCGGGGCUACUCGGAGAACAACUUCCGGGAAGAUCUAAAGAACCUCUACCUGAAGCUCGGCGUUGAGAACAAGACCAUGAUCUUUCUGUUCACGGAUGCCCACGUGGCCGAGGAGGGCUUCCUGGAGCUCAUCAACAAUAUGCUGACGUCGGGGAUCGUGCCGGCCCUGUUCCAGGAAGAGGAGAAGGAGUCGAUCCUCGGUCAGAUCGGACAGGAGGCGGCGCGGCUGGGCUUGGGCCCGGCCAAGGAGUCCCUGUGGCAGUACUUCGUGAGCAAGAGCGCCAACAACCUGCACAUCGUCCUGGGCAUGUCGCCUGUGGGGGACACCCUGAGGACGCGGUGCCGGAACUUCCCAGGUCUGGUGAACAACACUGGCAUCGACUGGUUCAUGCCCUGGCCCUCCCAGGCCCUGCAUGCUGUGGCCAAGUCGUUUUUAGGGGACAAUCCCAUGAUCCCGUUGGGGAACAUAGACGACCUGGUGGAGCACGUUGUGUUGGUCCACGAAUCUGUGGACGAAUUCAGCAGGCAAUUCCUGCAGAAGCUGAGGCGCAGCAACUACGUAACCCCCAAGAAUUACCUGGACUUCAUCCACUCGUACGCCAAGCUGCUGGAUGAGAAGACGCAGUGCAACAUAGCGCAGUGCAAGCGGCUGGAGGGCGGCCUGGACAAGCUCAAGGAGGCCACCAUCCAGCUGGACGAGCUGAACCAGAAGCUGGCCGAGCAGAGGAUCGUGCUGGCCGAGAAGUCGGCCGCCUGCGAGGCCCUGCUGGAGGAGAUCGUCACCAACACGGCCAUAGCCGAGGAGAAGAAGAAGCUGGCGGAGGAGAAGGCCAUGGAGGUGGAGGAGCAGAACAAGAUCAUCGCCGUGGAGAAGACCGAGGCCGAGACGGCGCUGGCCGAAGUCAUGCCCGUCCUGGAGGCCGCCAAGCUGGAGCUGCAGAAGCUGGACAAGUCGGACGUCACCGAGAUCAGGUCGUUCGCAAAGCCCCCGAAGCAGGUGCAGACCGUGUGUGAGUGUAUCCUCAUCAUGAAGGGCUACAAGGAGCUCAACUGGAAGACGGCCAAGGGCAUGAUGUCCGACCCCAACUUCCUGCGCUCGCUUAUGGAGCUCGACUUCGACGCCAUCUCCCAGAGCCAAGUGAAAAACAUCAAGAGCCUCUUGCGGACCCUCAACACCACCAUUGAGGAGAUGGAGGCCGUGAGCAAGGCUGGGCUGGGGAUGCUGAAGUUUGUUGAGGCCGUCAUGGGCUACUGCGACGUCUUCAGAGAAAUCAAGCCCAAGAGAGAGAAGGUGGCCAGGCUGGAGCGGAACUUCUACCUCACCAAACGGGAGCUCGAGCGGAUCCAGAACGAGCUGGCCGCCAUCCAGAGAGAACUGGAGGCGCUGGGCGCCAAGUACGAGGCCGCCAUCCUGGAGAAGCAGAAGCUGCAGGAAGAAGCCGAGAUCAUGGAGAGGCGGCUGAUCGCCGCCGACAAACUCAUCUCGGGGCUGGGGUCCGAGAACGUCAGGUGGCUGAGCGACCUGGACGAGCUGAUGCAUCGUCGCGUGAAGCUGCUGGGGGACUGCCUGCUGUGCGCCGCCUUCCUGAGCUACGAGGGCGCCUUCACCUGGGAGUUCCGGGACGAGAUGGUCAAUCAGGUGUGGCAGAGCGACAUCCUGGAGCGCGAGAUCCCCCUGAGCCAGCCUUUCCGGCUGGAGAACCUGCUCACCGACGACGUGGAGAUCAGCAGGUGGGGCUCCCAGGGCCUGCCCCCCGAUGAGCUCUCGGUGCAGAACGGCAUCCUCACCACGCGCGCCAGCCGCUUCCCCCUCUGCAUCGACCCCCAGCAGCAGGCCCUCAACUGGAUCAAGAGGAAGGAGGAGAAGAACAACCUGCGGGUGGCCUCCUUCAACGACCCCGACUUCCUCAAGCAGCUGGAGAUGUCGGUCAAGUACGGGACCCCCUUCCUGUUCCACGACGUGGACGAGUACAUCGACCCCGUGAUCGACAACGUCCUGGAGAAGAACAUCAAGGUCACCCAAGGUCGUCAGUUCAUCAUCCUGGGAGACAAGGAGGUGGACUACGACUCCAACUUUCGGCUCUACCUCAACACCAAGCUGGCCAACCCCAGAUACCCGCCGUCGGUGUUCGGGAAGGCCAUGGUGAUCAACUACACGGUCACACUGAAGGGCCUGGAGGACCAGCUGCUGAGCGUGCUGGUGGCCCACGAGCGGCACGAGCUGGAGGAGCAGCGGGAGCACCUGAUCCAGGAGACGAGCGACAACAAGAACCUGCUGCGGGACCUGGAGGACUCGCUGCUGCGGGAGCUGGCCACGUCCACGGGGAACAUGCUGGACAACGCCGAGCUGGUGUACACCCUGGAGGAGACCAAGUCCAAGGCCACAGAGGUGUCCGAGAAGCUGAAGCUGGCCGAGAAGAUGGCGCUGGACAUCGACAGGCUGCGGGACGGCUACCGGCCGGCCGCCCGGCGCGGCGCCAUCCUGUUCUUCGUCCUGUCCGAGAUGGCCCUGGUGAACUCCAUGUACCAGUACUCGCUGACCGCCUUCCUGGAGGUCUUCGGCCUGUCCCUGAAGAAGUCGCUGCCGGACUCCAUCCUCCUCAAGAGGCUGAAGAAUAUCAUGGACACGCUGACCUUCAACAUCUACAACUACGGCUGCACAGGGCUGUUCGAGCGGCACAAGCUGCUGUUUUCUUUCAACAUGACCAUCAAGAUAGAGCAGGCGGAAGGCAGGGUCCCCCAGGAGGAGCUCGAUUUCUUCCUGAAAGGCAACAUCUCCCUGGAGAAGAGCAGACGGAAGAAGCCGUGCGCGUGGCUGUCCGAGCAGGGCUGGGAAGACAUCAUGCUUCUGUCGGAGCUGUUCCCCGACACCUUUGGGAACCUCCCGGACGACGUGGAGAAGCACCCCGCGGCCUGGCAGGAGUGGUACGACCUGGAUUCCCUCGAGCAGUCUCCGUUCCCCCUGGGUUACGACAGCAGCAUCACCCCCUUCCAGAGGCUGCUCAUCCUGCGCUGCUUCCGCGUGGACCGCGUGUACCGGGCCGUGACCGACUACGUGACGCUCACGAUGGGGGAGAAGUACGUGCAGCCCCCGAUGAUCAGCUUCGAGGCCAUCUUUGAGCAGAGCACGCCCAACUCCCCCAUCGUGUUCAUCCUGAGCCCCGGCUCCGACCCUGCCAGCGACCUCAUGAAAUUAGCCGAGAGAUGUGGUUUUGGAGGAAACCGCCUCAAAUUCCUCGCCAUGGGUCAAGGUCAAGAGAAGGUGGCGCUGCAGCUGCUGGAGACGGCCGUGGCUCGCGGCCAGUGGCUGAUGCUGCAGAACUGUCACCUCCUGGUCCGGUGGCUGAGGGACCUGGAGAAGUCCCUGGAGCGGAUCACCAAGCCGCACCCCGACUUCCGCCUGUGGCUCACCACCGACCCCACCAAGGGCUUCCCCAUCGGGAUUCUGCAGAAGUCCCUGAAGGUUGUCACGGAGCCGCCCAACGGGCUCAAACUGAACAUGAGGGCCACGUACUUCAAGAUCUCGCAGGAGCUGCUGGAGCGGUGCCCGCACGCCGCCUUCAAGCCGCUGGUCUACGUGCUGGCUUUCUUCCACGCCGUGGUGCAGGAGAGGAGGAAGUUCGGCAAGAUCGGCUGGAACGUGUACUACGACUUCAACGAGUCCGACUUCCAGGUCUGCAUGGAGAUCCUGAACACGUACCUGACAAAAGCCUUCCAGCAGCGCGACCCGCGCAUCCCGUGGGGCAGCCUCAAGUACCUCAUCGGAGAGGUCAUGUACGGAGGACGCGCCAUCGACAGCUUCGACCGCCGCAUCCUGACCACCUACAUGGACGAGUACCUGGGCGACUUCAUCUUCGACACCUUCCAGCCCUUCCACUUCUUCCGGAACAAGGAGGUGGACUACAAAAUCCCCGUCGGCGACGUCAAGGAGAAAUUCGUUGAAGCCAUUGAGGCCCUGCCUCUGGCCAACACACCCGAGGUGUUUGGCCUGCAUCCCAACGCCGAGAUCGGCUACUAUACACAGGCGGCCCGCAACAUGUGGGGGCACCUGCUGGAGCUGCAGCCGCAGACGGGGGAAUCCAGCAGCGGCAUCAGCCGCGACGACUACAUCGGCCACGUGGCCAAGGACAUAGAGCACAGGCUGCCCAGGGUCUUCGACCUGGACCAGGUCAGGAAGCACCUGGGCUUCGGGAUCUCCCCCACCUCGGUGGUGCUCCUACAGGAGCUGGAGCGCUUCAACAAGCUCGUGGUGCGGAUGACGCGGUCGCUGGCCGAGCUGCAGAGGGCCUUGGCUGGAGAGGUUGGGAUGAGCAAUGAGUUGGAUGACGUGGCCAGGUCUCUGUUUAUCGGGCACAUCCCCGGGAUCUGGAGGAAGCUGGCCCCCGACACCCUCAAGUCCCUGGGGAACUGGAUGGUGUACUUCCUGCGCAGGUUCAGCCAGUACACGUCGUGGGUCACCGAGGGGGAGCCCAGCGUCAUGUGGCUCUCGGGGCUGCACAUCCCGGAAUCCUACCUCACGGCCCUGGUGCAGGCCACGUGCCGGAAGAACGGCUGGCCCCUGGACCGGUCCACCCUGUUCACACAAGUGACCAAGUUCCAAGAUGCAGAGGAAGUGAACGAGCGGGCGGGGCAAGGGUGCUUCGUGUCGGGGCUGUACCUGGAGGGUGCUGACUGGGACACCGAGCGAGGCUGUCUCAUCAAGAGCAAACCCAAGGUGCUGGUGGUGGACCUGCCCAUCCUGAAGAUCAUCCCCAUCGAAGCCCACCGCCUCAAGCUGCAGAACACCUUCCGCACCCCCGUCUACACCACGUCCAUGAGACGCAAUGCCAUGGGAGUUGGCCUGGUGUUCGAAGCGGAUCUCUUCACGACCAGGCACAUCUCUCACUGGGUGCUGCAGGGGGUGUGCCUCACCCUCAACUCGGACUGA